GCGCGGGCCCCUGCGGACCGCGCAGAGGGAGCGGCGGAAGGGGCAGAGAUGCGGCUGCUCCCGCCGCGCUGCUGAGGGCGCCGCUCGCUCGGCCGGAGGGGAGGCAGGCCAGGCCGGUCCCUCCCGCGGGCCGCCCCGCGGGCGCCGGGCAGCCUGUGCAGCGCGCUCCUCUCGCGGUCGCCCCAGCCCGGAGCAGAAGCCGCCGCCGCCGCCCCUCUCCCCUCCUGCGCUCUUCCCACCAUGAGCGGGGCUGUUUUCACCUUGUAAAGAUGGCGGUGUGGGAUCGCUGCAACCUUUAGACUAAUGACUGUCAGAAACAUCGCCUCCAUCUGUAAUAUGGGCACCAAUGCCUCUGCUCUGGAAAAAGACAUUGGUCCAGAGCAGUUUCCAAUCAAUGAGCACUAUUUUGGAUUGGUCAAUUUUGGGAACACCUGCUACUGUAACUCCGUGCUGCAGGCAUUAUAUUUUUGCCGGCCGUUUCGGGAAAAUGUGUUGUCAUACAAGGCCCAACAGAAAAAGAAGGAAAAUCUCUUGACUUGCCUGGCAGAUCUUUUCCACAGUAUUGCUACUCAGAAGAAGAAAGUUGGAGUUAUUCCACCAAAGAAGUUCAUAUCAAGGUUACGAAAAGAGAACGAUCUCUUUGACAACUAUAUGCAGCAGGAUGCACAUGAGUUUUUAAAUUACUUGCUGAACACCAUCGCAGACAUUUUGCAGGAGGAGAAGAAACAGGAAAAGCAAAAUGGAAAACUGAAAAAUGGCAACAUGAAUGAAACAGAAGACAACAAUAAACAAGAACUCACCUGGGUGCAUGAGAUUUUUCAGGGAACACUGACUAACGAAACUAGAUGUUUGAACUGUGAAACUGUUAGCAGCAAAGAUGAAGAUUUUCUUGACCUUUCUGUUGAUGUGGAGCAGAAUACAUCAAUUACACAUUGUCUAAGAGACUUCAGUAACACAGAGACAUUAUGUAGUGAACAGAAAUACUACUGUGAAACUUGCUGCAGUAAACAAGAGGCACAGAAAAGGAUGAGAGUAAAAAAGCUGCCAAUGAUUCUUGCCUUACACCUCAAGAGGUUCAAGUACAUGGAACAAUUACACAGAUACACUAAGCUGUCUUAUCGUGUAGUGUUUCCUCUGGAGUUGCGCCUCUUCAACACAUCUGGUGAUGCUGUCAACCUGGAUCGGAUGUAUGACUUGGUGGCUGUUGUUGUUCACUGCGGGAGUGGACCGAAUCGGGGGCAUUAUAUUACUAUAGUGAAAAGUCAUGGAUUUUGGCUCUUGUUUGAUGAUGACAUUGUAGAGAAAAUAGACGCUCAAGCUAUUGAAGAAUUCUAUGGUCUGACCUCUGACAUAUCAAAAAAUUCUGAGUCUGGUUAUAUUUUAUUCUAUCAGUCAAGAGAGUGACUUGGCAAACUGUGACAAUGAUGCACUACAAUGCUGCACACAAGGACUGUGAUCGACCCCCAUGAGCUGACUCUUCCACAGACCACAUCUUGUGUUGUUGAACAACAGUAUAUUCAGUCUCCUAUUAAAUGGUCCAUGUGGUGUUGACUAUAACCAUUUUUGACACAUGAAACUUUAUUUUGGAGAGGGGAGUUGUUUGUUUUUUUAAGUCUGACAGAAAAGUUAAUUGUAGUCAGAUUUUAGGGGAAUUUAUAUGGACUAACAUUUACAGAUAAUAAGAUUUGGAUGUCAACUAUUAAACCCAAUCAAGCUAGAGUAGUAUUUUUUAUGGAAGUGUUCAUUGUAUUUAAGGCAAAUUGUUUAAAAACUUUAUGGCUUUGGAGUAUGUUGACUUACAAAGCAUUCUUUUAAAUACGUUCUGACAUGUAGUUACACAUUUUAAGUGUAAAGAAAAAAAUCUGUUUCAUUAUGAUUGGAAUUAUGGUCGCACAGGGGAUUUUGUUACACACUGCUCUGCAAUGCAAGAAGAUAUUCUUCCCAAAUCAUUUAAGCUUUGGGUUAUAAAAACCUUAAGUGCAUAACUCAAGCCUAAAACUCACAUAAAAGGAUUUAAAUUACAGUAGAACAAAGUAAUGUUGUGUGUCCAGUUAAUUAUGUUUAUCAUGAGAGAGUACAGAUGAGGUGAGAUUUCAGAAAUUGCAGAGACCUUGGAUAAGUAGAGAGAGAUGACACAUACGACAAAAAGAAAAGGUGCAUUUGUAGAGAUUGCGCUUAUCUUUCUGUUAAAAUAAUGUAAUACUUUUUUUCAAUUGAGUUUUCAAACUUACCAAUGCUAUUCAUGUAAAACAUAUCCACUAGGGCUGAAAUUACACAGUCCAGUUAAAUAUAUGCUGUUGGUACGAUACAUAGUACAAGGCUCAAACCUGCGGUUUGCUGAAUACCUGUAGGGUCCCAUUUGCAUUUCUCAAGACACAGUCCAUUUCUUAACAACAUGGAGAACCUUUAAAGUUGCAUAGCAACCCUUAGUUUACACACACUCUUAUCUAUUUAUCAUCACCAGCAUUUUGGCCAUGCUCAACAACAUUCGGGUCACCACAAGAACAGAUGGGAGUCAGAAGUGUGUGAUUUCAAAAACAUAAAAGAGCUUAGCGCAACUGUAACUGUCUGUGAUUUUACUGGAUGAAUUUGGCUUGUUCUAAUCACGUACCAGUUAAUAAAAUUGCUGUACACACAAACUGGAAUUUGGCAAAGCAAGAAUGUAGAAGAAAGUAUGUACAGGGUGUAAGAAGGGAUAAAUAGUAGGUUGAGGCAGUCGUAACACUGCGUAACUGGCUUGCUUGGUUUGACCCUUAUACUCUAUUGUAUAAUUCUUGAACUUCAGCGGCCAAAUUCCAACCCCAGUGAAGUCAGCAGCAAAAGCUUCUCGUUGUCUGCAAGGGGAGUGGAAGUUGGUUCUGGUAUUUAGAAGGAAAUAGUCUCAUCUCACAGUAUUUAUUACUAUGUAUUAUAUUUUAAUUCACUCUUUCUGUAUUUAUUAGACAAUGUUGCUUUUAUAUUUAUUUUCUGUUAGAAGCCUGCCUGUCAUUUUACAGCAUGAAACUCCAUUUCAAGAAAUGUUUUUUGAAGCAGAGCUAAUUCUUAUAUUUUAGGGGUUUUUUGUAGGAGAGGGAAAAGCUUAUUUUCAUUGUUAACUACUGUGAAUGUGAAAUAUCUUUUGUUAAAUUAUGGUGAAAAUGGAACAUUAGCUUCUACAGUAACAUAAGUUGAAGAUCAGUUGGAUUUAUUGAUGACAAUUUUGUAAACAAAGAAAAAGUAGCACUUUACACAGAAGGAAAAACAAAACUGGACUUUUCAUUAACAUGAUUUGAGAUUUAUCAUGUUAUAUUGCUGCAAAAAAAUAGACGUAGAAUGUAAUGUUAGAGUACUGACUUGGGUGAAUAAUUGCAGUAGUCUACAGAGAUCUUUCACAUGAAUGAAGGCUGUUCUGUGGGCUCAGGGCAAGCAUAAUUGGUAUGCAAUUCCAGUUCUUUCAUCAACGGGGAAUGCAAAUGUUCUAUCUUUAACACAGAAGAAUGUCUUGCAGGAGACUUCAGGUCUCACUGAGGCCCAUGAAUAUUUCCACUGAAAAAGUAAACCUGUGAUUAAAAGUGAUUAGUAUCAAAUCCUUUUUUUUUUAAUGGAUAUAUUCAUGAGCAUUCAGAAUUUCCAUAUAGAAAAAUGUAAUAAUCGCUUGCCUUUUAAAACAGGAAUGUUUCCUGGUUGUGAAUAAAGGCACUUUAUAGAUCAGCAUUAUCUGGUGUUGGUCAGAGCGUCCAUACUUCACAGUUUACUGCCAAACAUUCUUAGAGUAUUCUUCAGUUUUAAAACGAGCAACAGAAAAUGUACUAUUAAUGUAUCAUUUGAAUGUUUAGGGCUUGUGUUUGUAUGAA